GCCUCUGCCCGGGGAUGCUCCGAGUGCGGGGCGGAUCGGCUCCUCGCCGGGCUCCUCCCGCUGCCCCGGCGCCUCGGCCACGUCUGAAAGCGGCUCAUUGUCUCCGCAGGCAGCUCGGGUCCGCGGCGGUGCCGGGAGGCGGCGGGAAGCGCUUGCACUAGAUUGAGGGGAUGUUUUUAAGCCGUUCGCUGAGCGGGUGAAGCUGCCGUGAUACCCGGUGCGGCGGGCCGGGCGUUGCGUGAGGCGCAGUCAGCUCUUGUCUGAGCUCCCUCGCCACCUCUGGUCAGUCUGAUUUCAGGAGUCAACGAGGAGCUUUUUUAAUUGCUUUUCCUCGGUGAGAAUGGCAAGGAUUCGGAUUCCUAGCGCAAUCGUUAUAAUUUUUGUUGCUGUUCAGACUGGAUUCUUACUCUUCAUGUAUGCCCGGUAUAGUAACUUCAUGACUCAGCCUGAGGAGAAACCAUCUCAAGUCCACAUCCUCAUUCUCUCUUCCUGGAGGUCGGGAUCUUCUUUUGUUGGUCAGCUUUUCAGCCAGCACCCCAGUGUCUUCUACCUGAUGGAGCCUGCAUGGCACGUGUGGGUUACAAUGUACCAGAACAGUGCCAAGGUCUUGCACAUGGCAGUGCGGGACCUUGUCAGGUCGGUCUUUCUGUGUGACAUGUCUGUGUUUGAUGCUUACAUGCCUUGGAAAAGAAACUUAUCCGAUCUUUUCCAAUGGGCAGUGAGUCGAGCUCUCUGUUCAGCUCCUGCCUGUGACUCUUUUCAGCGUACUGACAUAACCAGUGAAAUGGCAUGCAAGACUCUUUGUGGACGGUACCCAUUCAGCAAGGUGGAGGAAGCCUGUAAAACCUACAGCCAUAUUGUCAUCAAGGAGGUUCGAUUCUUUGACUUGAAGGUCCUCUAUCCCCUUCUCACUGAUCCAUCCCUGAAUCUCAAAAUCAUUCACUUGGUCCGUGACCCCAGGGCAGUCGUCAAGUCACGGGAACAAUCGGUCAAAGCAUUAGCCCGUGACAAUGGGAUUGUUUUGAGCACCAAUGGCACCAAAGUGGAAGACAGCAAAUACAAAGUAAUGCAAGAGAUUUGUAGAAGUCAUGUUCAGAUUUAUGAAACAGCUACUCUAAAACCACCCCAUUUCCUUAAAGAUCGCUAUUUAAUGAUCCGUUUUGAAGAUCUGGUAAGAGAUCCGUUAUCAGAAAUCUCAGAAAUGUAUAAAUUUGCUGAUCUUAGUUUGACCCCCAUGCUCAAAAGCUGGAUCUAUAAUAUCACACAUGGAGAGGGACCAGGGAAGAAAAAAGAAGCCUUCAAAAUCACAUCUCGAGAUGCAGUUAGUGUUUCACAGGCCUGGAGAAAUGAUCUUUCCUUCCAGAAAAUUAAGAAAAUACAGGAAAUUUGCAGAGGUGCUAUAAACAUCCUUGGCUAUCAACUGGUGGAUUCAGAAAAAGAGCAGAGAGAUCUGUCAUUAGACUUAGUGCUGCCAAGAAGACAGAAUCAAUUCAGUUGGUCAUCAUUUAAUCCAGAGCACUGAGACAUGAUUUCUGAGAUUGGGGUUGGGGGUGGUGUGUAGAUGGUUGCAUAUUUGUCUACUGUGCAGCAUAGAGGUUAUUUGAAAAUCCUUGGCUCAUGAGUUUAACUAUCUUCCCGUCUGCUGUUUUUCCAUAAUGGAAGGAGGGUUUUUUUCUGAGUUUCUUACACUGAAAAAAAAAAACCAAACAAAAAGGCAUGAGAAAUACUGCGGAUACUUGUCAGAUUGCACAUUUACAGCUGAGCUGUGCUGUUCUUAGCAUUGUUUUUAAAAUAUAAUUUAAGUUCAUUCUAUUAAAAGAUGAAUUAUCAAAGAUGUCUUUGUUCACUGAUAAUAGUUCAUUUCUGUUUUCAUGCUUUAAAUAUUUAAGAAUUUCAGUUCUUAAUGUGUAUAAAUAGAACAAAGUAGGAAUUAAAUUCCUUCUGUUUCUUCUAGAA